CCGAAAGCCAAAUGAAGAAAAGCUGCGCAGAUAUUCAGCUCUAUUCCACGUUCCUCUAUUACAAUCUUAUCUAGAACCUACAGACAGACAGAGAACACUGGUCUGCACUGAUUUCAGCAUCUGCUGCUCAUUUUAUCAACAUCUGGAGAACCUUCAGACACCAUGUGUUCCACGCAGACCCAGAAGUGAUGCUGAGACAGAAGAAGAAAAGUGGAUCUGAGGAAAGGUCAGGCUCUCCUGUGUCCAGCUGUGUGUCCUUGAAGAGUGACCAGUCCAUGAUGGAACCUUCCAACUUCCAAGGAGGAUCAGACCCUCAGGAAAGGGCAACUGAAAGGUCAGGUUCUCCUGUGUCCAGCUGUGUGUCAUUAAAGAGUGAUCAGUCCAUGAUGGAACCUUCCAGUUUUCAGGGAGGAUCAGUCCCUCAGGAAAGUGGAUCUGAGGAAAGGUCAGGCUCUCCUGUGUCCAGCUGUGUGUCAUUAAAGAGUGACCAGUCCAUGAUGGAACCUUCCAACUUCCAAGGAGGAUCAGCCCCUCAGGAAAGGGCAACUGAAAGGUCAGGUUCUCCUGUGUCCAGCUGUGUGUCAUUAAAGAGUGAUCAGUCCAUGAUGGAACCUUCCAGUUUUCAGGGAGGAUCAGUCCCUCAGGAAAGCAAGAAAAAUAUUGAACAGCAUGGGGAAGAGACUCCCGUACUGGACUCCCACCAGCAACAUGAAAGUAAAGGAAAAACUUCAGCCUCUUCUGAAUCCAGUCAUCAGCCCCAGAAAAAAAGAUAUUCUCCCCCAGAUCAAAGCUGCAGAGGUCAACCGGGGUCAGAUUCUACCGUGACAGGUGACAAGCUUCAAAAGAAGAUCAAAGAUGUCUUUGAUGACCUGAAGAAAAAGAUAAUUGUGCUUGUAGAGCACGAGCUGGAAAGUUAUAUGAGAAUUCUGAGAAAGGAAAACACAAAAUAUUACAGAAAUACCAAGAACAUCAGAUGGGAAUUGAGACAUGAGGUUCUUAAUAUGACACUGUACUACCUGGAGGAGAUGCAACACAAGGACCUUGUUGAAGCACUGCAAAAUGCGCUGAUUGGAAUUAUAUGGCAUCCACUCAGAAAAGGAAUGAGGGAGAAGUGUCUUCAUGUAUAUGAAGGAAUUGCAAAGCAAGGAGAAUCCACCAGUCUAAACAACAUCUACACAGAACUGUACAUCACUGAAGGUGGAGCUGGACAGGUCAACAAAGAACAUGAAGUGAGACUCAUUGAGAAGAACAAUGUAACAAGACACACAAAUCAAAUGGAGCAAGAGGUGCAGAUCACAUGCAUGGACAUGUUUAAACCUCUACCUGAAGAAGACAAACCCAUCAGAACUGUUCUGACCCAGGGGGUUGCAGGUAUUGGAAAAUCAAUCUGUGUGCAGAAGUUUAUUUUGGACUGGGCUGAAGGUAUAAAAUAUCAGGACAUCCAGUUAAUCUUCCCACUUCCCUUCCGAGAACUGAACCUGAAGAAGAAAGAAAGACACAGUUUGAUGGACAUCAUCUAUUUAUUUUUCCCAGAGACAAAAGGACUGAGAUUAUCAGAUCAGAAUAAUGUCCUGUUCAUCUUCGAUGGACUGGAUGAAUGUCAGCUUCCUUUAGCAUUUCAGAAAAAUGAAUUCUUGAAUAAUGUUUCAACAUCAGCCCCACUGGACGCUGUGUUGAUGAACCUCAUCAAGGGGAAUCUGCUGCCCUCUGCUCUGAUCUGGAUAACCACUAGACCAGCAGCCACCAGUAUGAUCCCUGCUGAGUGUAUCGACCGAGUCACAGAGGUGCGUGGCUUCAAUGAUGAGCAGAAAGAGGAAUAUUUCAGAAAGAGAAUCAGUGAUCAGCACCUGGCCAGCAAAAUAAUUGAUCACAUCAAAGAGUCAAGAUGCCUCCACAUCAUGUGCCACAUCCCCGUCUUCUGCUGGAUCUCAGCCACUGUACUUCAGAGGAUUCUGGAAGAAACAGACAGUGAAGAAACACCAAAGACCCUGACACAAAUGUACACCUGCUUUCUGAUCUACCAGACCAUACAGGGGAAUGUUAAGUACACAGGUAAAAAUGCCUUGGACAUACCGUGGGAUAAAGAGGGGAUGCACUCACUGGGAAAGCUGGCUUUUCAGCACCUGGAAGAGAGCAAUCUGAUCUUCUAUAGAGAGGAUCUAGAUGCAUGUGGCAUUGACCCCAGUAAGAUAUCAGUGUACUCAGGACUGUGCACUCAGGAGACAGUCAGAUUUCAGGACACAAUUUUCAGCUUUGUACAUCUGAGCAUUCAAGAGUUCCUCGCUGCUCUAUUUGCGUACAUUUCUAUCAGAAAUAACCAGAAGAAUGUUUUAGACCAUCAGUCUGAAUCACAGGAGAGUAAAAAAACAGAAGUCAUUGAUUUCCUCAAGACUGCAGUAGACAAGGCUUUGAAGAGUGACCAUGGACAUCUGGACCUUUUCCUUUGCUUCCUUCUGGGUCUCUCACUGGAGUCUAAUGAGAAGCUCAUUCGAGGUCUGCUGACCCAGAAAGGAAGCAGGUCUGACUGCCAGAAGGACAUAGUUGAGUACAUCACAAAGUUUAAGGAAAAUCCAUCUCCAGAGAGAUCAAUCAAUCUCUUCUACUGUCUGAAUGAGUUAAACGAUGAUUCUCUAGUGAAGGAGAUCCAGAGUCACAUGAACUCAGGACGUCUCUCUGAAGCUGAACUCUCACCUGCACAGUGGUCAGCUCUGGUCUUUGUCUUGCUGACAUCAAAGGAGAAGCUGGAAGUGUUUGACUUAAAGAAGUUCAUCAGAUCAGAUGAGUGUCUUAUCAGACUGCAGUCGGUGCUCAAGGAAGCCACGUCAGCUCUGCUGAGUGAGUGUAACCUGACAGAGAGAAGCUGUUCAGCUCUGAGUAAAGUUCUCAGCUCUGAAUCCUGUAAGCUGACUAAGCUGGAUCUGAGCGGGAAUCCUAUAGAGGACAGAGGAGUAGAGCUGCUCUCAGCUGGACUGGAGAGUGCAGACUGUAAACUGGAGACACUGAGGCUGUGUGAGUGUAACCUGACAGAGAGAAGCUGUUCAGCUCUGAGUAAAGUUCUCAGCUAUAAAUCCUCUAAGCUGACUUUGCUGGAUCUGAGCGGGAAUCCUAUAGAGGACAGAGGAGUAGAGCUGCUCUCAGCUGGACUGGAGAGUGCAGACUGUAAACUGGAGACACUGAGGCUGAAUAAGUGCAGUAUUACAGAGGAAGGCUGUGCUGCUCUGUCAUCAGCUCUUUGUUCAAAUCCUUCACACCUGAUAGAGCUGGAUCUGAGUGAGAAUAAACUAGGAAACUCUGGAGUGAAGAACAUCUGUUCUCUACUGAAUAAUCAGUGCUGUGAACUGCAGAAGCUGAAUCUUUCAUUCUGCAGUAUAACAGAGGAAGGAUAUGCUGCUCUGGGUUCAGCUCUAAAAUCAAAGCCCUCAUCACACCUGAUAGAGCUGGAUCUCAGAGGUAAUGAUCCUGGAGAUACAGGAGUGAAGGAGCUCACAGACAUAUUCGUGAAUUCAAAGAAAACACUGAGACUGCUGAACAGUGAUGAUGCAGAAGAAGCCUGGAAACGUCUUAAUGAGAUUCUGGGUAGAAACCCCUUACUGCAGAGAGAGUUAGAUCUGAGCAUGAAAGUACCAAAUGACAUUCAAGUGAAACAGCUCUGUCCUCUACUCCAGGAUCCACACUACAGACUGGAAAAACUUAAGUUGUAUAAAUCAGGCAGUGUUAAAGGUGAUCGCUGUGCUGAUCUGGUUUCUGCUCUGAUCGUAAACCCCUCACACCUGAGAGAGCUGGAUCUGAAUGAGAAUAAACUAAACAAGUCAGGAGUGGAGAAGCUCUGCAUUCUACUGAAGAAUCCUGACUGUAAACUGGAGAAACUGAAGAUUAAAAAGGGCAGUAUAGAAGAGGAAGGCUGUGCUGCUCUGGCUUCAGCUUUAACCUCAAACCCUUCAUACCUGAGAGAGCUGCAUCUGUACAAGAACAAACUUGGAAAGUCAGGAGUGGAGAAUCUCUGCAACCUACUGAAGAAUCCUCACUGUAAACUGGAGAAUCUGAAACUAGUUGAGAGUUUAUCAGAGAAUUCCUGUGCAGCUCUGGUUUCAGCUCUUUGUGGAAAUCCAUCAUAUAUCAGAGAUCUGAACCUGAACAAGAAUAAACUAGACGAGUCAGGAGUGAAAGAGCUCUGCAACCUACUGAAGAAUCCUCACUGUAAACUGGAGAAACUGAAACUAGCCAACACUAUGACAGAGAAGUCCUGUGCAGCUCUGGUUUCAGCUCUUUGUGAAAAUCCAUCAUAUAUCAGAGAUCUGGAUCUGACUGAUAAUAAACUGCGAGAUUCAGGAAUGAAGAAGCUCUGUGAUCUACUGAAGAAUCAGGACUGUAAACUACAGAAGCUACUGAUUAAGAAUUGCAGUAUAGGGGAUAAAGGCUGUGCUGCUCUCACUUCAGCUGUGAGUUCACAUCACUUACAACUGAAACUUCUGGAUCUACGUUGGAAUAAACUAGGAGAGUCAGUGAUACAGCAGCUUUCUGAGAUAAUGAAGAAAUCACAAUGCAGUCUACGAUUGGAUGCUCCAAUGCUUUGGUCAUUUUGGCUCCCUUCAUUGAUCUGGAACAAAGUGGAAACAGAAGAAUCAUCAGAAGAUGAGGAAGCACAUCAUAUGACUGCAGAGGUUCAUACUGAAGUGGAUCAGCAUAAACAAUAACAGAGGAGAGUUCAGAAGAUCAGAAUAAAAUUGAUCGAGAUGAGCAGAAAAUUACACAAACUUUGUUUGGCUUGUAGGUGAGCCUGAUUGUUUAACAGAGCUGCAGUGGCACAUUCUGUUGUACACUGCUUGUGCUGUAAGGGAACGAGUGUAGUUCUGUAUUUAAAGUCAAUGCCCCAGUCAGAAGUUGGCACAAUGGGGCCUCAGUACAGCCCGUUUUUCCCUGUGUUUCAAAAGACGUCUGUACAUGAACAGUUAAUGGGAAUAUUGACUGGAAAUUGGUGGAGCACUUCUCCUCUUUGUUAGAAGCUUGUCCU